CUGACGUCAGAGGCGCGCGCCGCGCUUGAAGAGAGUGCGGGAGGCGGCGGCCGCUCCCGGGGCUGCUGUCAUGGAGCUAGCGCAGGCAGCGCGGGAACUGGGCUGCUGGGCGGCCGACGAGAUGGGAGUGCCCGCGGCAGCCCGGGCCCCGGAGUCGACGCUGCGCAGGCUGUGUCUGGGCCAGGGGGCUGAGAUCUGGGCCUACAUCUUGCGACACGUGCACAGUCAGAGGAGUGUUAAGAAGAUCCGAGGGAACCUGCUCUGGUACGGCCACCAGGACAGUCCAGAGGUCCGUCGGAAGUCGGAGCUGGAGGCCACGGUGGCCCGCCUGCGGGCAGAGAUCCGAGAGUUGGACCAGAGCCUGGAGCUGAUGGAGCGGGAGAAUGAGGCUCACGAAGCGGCUGUGGAGCAGGCAGUGCAGACCGUGCGAGACACCCAGCGUCGUGCUGUCCUCCUCCGGGCCCAAGCAGGGGCCAUGAGAAGACAGCAGCGUGGGCUCCAGGACCCCAUGCAGCGGCUGCAGAAUCAGCUCAGCCGCCUGCAGGACAUAGAGAGGAAGGGCAAGGUGGAUGUGACCUUUGGACCCCUGACAUCAGCAUCCCUGGGCCUGGAGCCCGUGGUCCUGUGUGAUGUCCGAACAGUCUGCACCCUCCGGGCCCAGUUCUUGCAGAACCUCUUGAUUCCGCAGGCCAGGGAAGGCAACACCCUAACCGCUCACGAUGACCACUUUGGAACUUCCUACCAGCAGUGGCUUAGCUCGGUGGAGACACUGCUGACGAACCAUCCCCCAGGCCACGUCCUGGCUGCCUUGGAGCACCUGGCCGCAGAGCGGGAGUCAGAGAUUCGGUCCCUGUGCGGCGGGCAGGGGCUCGGAGACGUGGAGGUCCCCAGGCCUCAGGCCCUGGACCAGUCAGACUCCAGCCAGGCCCUGCCGUCCAUGGCGCAGCUCAUCCAGGAGGGCUGGCGGACUGUGGGCUCACUGGUCUCCCAGCGGGGCACCCUGCUCAAGGAGCGUCAAGUCCUGAGAAGGCGCCUCCAGAGCCUGGUGGAGGAGGUGGAGAGACACACCCUGGGAUCCAGCGAGAGGCAGGCGCUGAUGCUGGGGCUGCGGAGCUGUGGCCUGUGGGCAGAGCUCAAGGCCCUGCGUGCCCAGAGCCAGGAGCUGGAGGAGGCAGCUGGGCGGCAGCAGCUUCUGCUGAGGGAGCUGCAGGCCAAACAGCAGCGGAUCCUGCGCUGGCGCCGGCUGGUGGAGGAGACACAGCAGCAGAUCCGCCUGCUCAUCAAGGGCAACUCAGCCAGCAAGACCCGCCUGUGCCGGAGCCCCGGGGAGGUGCUGGCCCUGGUGCAGCGGAAGCUGGUCCCCACGGCCUACCUGAACUUUGCCCCCAGGUUGGAACCCCUGCCCACGAUCCUCCCAUCCAUCUACCAGCUGCACCCUGCAUCCCCGCAGGGCUCCAGCCUCACAGCGCUGGGCCACACACUGGGCCUUCCCCGGGGGAAGGCAGCAGAGCUGCUCCUGCCGAGGGCUGCCUCUCUUCGCCAGGACCUUCUGUUCCUCCAGGACCAGCGGAGCCUCCGGUGCUGGAAGACCGGGCUGCCGCCGGGACCAUCCACCCAGGAGCUGCUGCAGCUCCAGGCGUCGCAGGAGAAGGAGCAGAAGGAGACUCUGGGGCAGGCUCUGAAGAGGCUGGAGAAGCUGCUGAAACAGGGGCUGGAGCGAAUCCCCGAGCUGCAGGGCGCCGUGGGGGACUGGUGGGAGCAGCCGGGCCAAGCUGCCCUCUCCGAGGAGCUCCGCCAAGGCCUGUCCCUGCCCCAGUGGCGGCUGCGCUGGGUCCAGGCCCAGGGGGCCCUACAGCAGCUGUGCAGAUGAAGAGGGGCUCGAACAGGAGCCAGACUCCGAGAAGCACUCGGAAGAAAGCGUCUCCACAACCCAGCAGCCCUUGUCUCGGGCCACACUGCAGCCCCGCUCACGUGCUCUUCUGCCGCUCCUCUCUAGUCCCUUGCCCCGUCCCUUCAUCCCCCCACUCUGGGCACCCCUGAAGCUCCUCUUGUCACUCUAACUCUCAAAAAAAGUAAGUGAGCACCUGCUCCAGAUGCCGGGGCUACAGCGCUGAAAGAAAAAAAAAACACAGCAUGCAAGUCCCUGUCUUCCGGGAGUGCUGUUCCAGGACAGUGUGUUUGAUGGUUGGCAGAGAGAAUGCUGGGCAAUAACCGCCAAGAGAAACAAAGCGGGUCGGGAGUGUGGUUUUAAAUAGAGAGCUACCCUGCAAAGGCCCCGUUCCCCGUGAGUGUCCAAGGAAGGGCUGUGGGUGGCAGCUGUGGCACACGCAAAGGCCCUGAGUGGGGAUGGGCUGGUGCCGGGGCCAUCAGGGAGGCCCAGGCGCGUGUGGCUGGAGGGGAGAGGUGGGAUUGUGUUCUAGUUUUACAGUUGCUGUUUUUACAUUUAAAUCUGGGCCAUGUGGAACUUAUCGGCAAGCAGAACCAACUGUAUUUUAUUUUAUAUGUAAGUCUGAUCCCUGUAGCACUUAGUAAGAGUCCCAGUGGCCUGUGAGGGAAGGGUGGGCGGCAGAGGUCAGUGAGGAGAAAGGAGACUUUCCCGGGUGAUGGAGUGGAGUGUGCAGGACACAGAUGGCUGCACCCCGCAGGCCUGGGAGUCUCGCUGUGUGGACUGUUCUUCAGGAUGAAGUAGAACUCCUCCCACGGGUUUGAGAUGCCACCUUUUCAUGCGCUAAGUUCCAUGGUUAAUUGGGCAGUCUGUGUGUAUCUAACUCUCCACGUGGCAUUGCCACAGUGCUUUGAUUAUGAAGGCUCUGUGAUAUCUUGUAGUAUCUGAAACGGCUGGUUGCCCUCUUGCUCUUACUUUCCAAAGUUUCCUUGUUUCCUUGCUAAUUUUUCCUCCCAAAUGAAGAGAAAUUUGUAUUUAACCUUCCUAGCUGCAGAUAAAAAAACAAAUGGAUGACCACUU